AUGGCGGGGGGGGUGCGCGUGGGCGUGGGGGCAUAUAGGGCGGAUCCCAAAAUCCAACCCGGAGCUGUUGGAAUUCCAGGGAUUCGUGACUUUCCGAACCCCGCCCCCCCCAAAAAAAAAAAAAAAAAAAAAAUCACCAAAAAUUUCGGGAUAAGCUCGGAAUUCCGGGACGAGAUGCAGGAGAGCUACGAGAGCGUCAUUUCCUUGGCCGAGGAGAUCGCCAUCAGUUGGCCGCGGAUCACAGCGUUCGCCGAAUCGCACCGGAGACGCGGCCUGGGCACCGUUGGCCAACUCAACCGUGAGAGUGUUGGGUUCUUCCAGUUGGCCAACGCAAUGAGAAGAGUGGUUGGACUCUUCCAGUUGGCCAAGGCAAUCAUGAAUGGGUUUGGACUCUUCCAGUUGGCCAACGUAACCAAGACCUUGGUUGGUCAUUCCAAUGAAGAGCGUGACACCGCCCCGGCCUCUCCGAGUGACAACGACGAAGAAGAGCCACCCCCGGACCCCCUGGAAAAACCCGAAAUUUCGGCAACGCCGCCGCCGCCGAACCCCAAAUCCUCACCGAACCCCAACGACCCCAAACCCGGCACGGCCGAAACGCCGAAACCCGAAUCCCAAUCCCGAAAAACUUCGGGAAAACGCCGAGGAAAAUCCGGCUUCAAGAAAUUCCCGCCGCGGAAUUUCCGGUGCCACGACUGCGGCAAAGCUUUGGGGUUGCCGAAACGCCGGCAGCGCGGGACGGAACGACCCCAUAAAUGCCCGGAAUGCGGGAAGAGCUUUCGGUUGAGCUCCAGUUUGGUCACGCACCAGCGCCGGCAUUCCGGUGAAAAUCCCUACAAAUGUCCAGAUUGCGGGAAAUCCUUCAGCGUCGGCUCGGCGUUCAUCCAGCACCAACGGAUCCACGCCGGCGCGGCGCCGUGCCGGUGCGGGGUUUGCGGGAAGAGUUUCCCGGCGAGUUCGGGGUUGGUGAAGCACCAAAAGCUUCACCUGGAGGAGAAACCCUACAAAUGCGGCGACUGCGGCAAAGGGUUCAACUGGAAUUCCCACCUGGAACGGCACCGGCGGAUUCACACCGGAGAGAAACCCUACGAGUGCCCGGAAUGCGGGAAGAGUUUUUCUUGGAGUUCCCACUUGGAUCGGCAUCGCCGAACCCAUGCGGCGGCGGUGGCGGAACCGGAACAUUCCGGGCGUUGCGCCGAGUGCGGAGAACGGCCGGAAUGCGGCGAGUGCGGGAAGGACAUGGCCAAAAACGCCAAAAUUCCCAAAUACCGGAGGGAAUCUUCAGAGAAACCGCACAAGUGCACGGAAUGCGGGAAGAGUUUCGGCGUGGCCGCGGCGCUGGCGCAGCACCGGUGCGGCAACGCUCCCGGUAAACCUUACGAGUGCCGGGAAUGCGGGAAAAGCUUUUCCUGGAGUUCUCACCUGGAUCGGCACCGGCGAAUCCACAUGGGGGAAAAACCUUUCCGCUGCGGGAAUUGCGGCAAGAGUUUUUCCCAAAGCUCCCACUUGGAGCGGCACCGGAAAAUCCAUACCGGGGAGAAGCCGUACGCGUGCCCGGAGUGCGGGAAAAGCUUCGGUCAGAAUUCGGCGUUGGCCAAACACCGUCGGAUGCACACGGGAGAGAAACCCUACAAAUGCCCGGAAUGCGGCAAAAGUUUCGGCGUCCGCUCCAACCUCAUCAAACACCAACGGACUCACCUGGGAGAGAAACCCUACAAAUGCCCCGAGUGCGGCAAAGGAUUCAUCCAAAAAUCCGACCUCACCAAGCACCGCCGGAUGCACACCGGCGAGAAACCCUACAAGUGCCGGGAGUGCGGGAAAUGCUUCAGCGUCUCCUCCAACCUCAUCAAACACCAACGGAUCCAUCUGGGCGAGAAACCCUUCCAGUGCUCCGAGUGCGGCAAGAGUUUCAUCCAGCGCUCCGAGCUCACCAUCCACCGGCGCGUGCACACCGGGGAGAAGCCCUACAAGUGCCAGGAGUGCGGGAAAUGCUUCAGCCGCAGCUCCCACCUCAACCGGCACCAGCGCACCCACGCCGGCGACAAGGCCGCUCGCGCCGCCGCCGCUUCCGGCGUCGCUUCCGGCGUCGGUCCCGGCGUCGGUCCCGGCGUCGGUCCCGGCGUCGGCGCCGUCUCUUCCUCGUCGUCGUCGUCGUCGGUGCCGGCGCCGUCCGGAGGUUUGGCCUUCCCGGCGUUCCCGGGUUCCUCGGCGGUGCCGGCGGCGUUGGAGCUGCCCUGGGCGUUGGCGUUGCCGGGUCGGGCGUUCCCGGGUUUCCCGGCGGGGUCGGUGGGUAAUUAG